CCGCGCUCUCCCGACGGGAACCACGCUGGCUUCGCCCGUACCUUCAGUUUACUAUCGUAAGCUCACUCGGACAGGUGAGCGCCGCGCUCACGGCCGAUCGGGCGAUGACACGGUUCUAUGCAAAUUCGUUUGUCAUCAUUUUAAUCUCGCGAUCGUGAAUUGAAUUCGAUUUUACUUCGAUUUACUUUUGCCUACAUUAAAUUUAAAAGUAGUGCAAAACAUGCAAAAGUGCUAUUUGCAAUAGUUUACUGACACAAUUGAAUGUACGAACACAAUUUGCAUGCUUCCCAAUUAUGCUAACGCCAGCACCGACGACAUGUUAAAAGCGUGAAGUUACAAUAAGACAAUUGUGUGAAUAGAAACAUUCGUUUUCAUCGCUGAGACAUACCAAACAAAUCUGUUCCUGCCAUUGUGUUGUACAUCAUAUAAAAAUUCUGAGCGCUAAGAAGUGAAAAAUUCUAGAAGGAACAUGUCGAUUACAAGUAUCGUUCGAGCAAGAUGACGUCGGAUAAGCAAACGAGAUCGUCCUCCUGGCUGUUACGAUCAUGUAAAAGGAGCCGGUUUAAAAUAGAAUUGCUGUACUUCAUAUUUGGAUAUUUGUUAACGUGUUGUUCGGCUAGAAACAAUCCUCCCAGAUUUCUCAUAGAUGGACAAACAGAAAUUGUUCUCAGAUUGAAGGAGGGGUCUGAGACUCCGAUUGGUAGCCUAAUUUACAAGCUCAGAGGCAUCGACCCAGAUAAUGACGUAUUGACCUUCGGCGUUCGAGAUCAGCCUGAUAGCGAUGUGAUUCAAGUCGAAAAUUUCGGUCUCACUGAAGCCAACAUUUAUUUAAAUAAAUUACUGGACAGAGAGACGAAAGACGAAUAUGCACUCGUGUUAACAUUGACGGAUGGAAGGUUGGGGGAGGGAAAUUUUAUCACCCAAAGUCUCCUGCUUCUGGUCGAGGACAUUAACGAUAACGUUCCGAUUUUCCGUCCACAUCCUACCUCGUUAACACUUCGGGAGGAUUCACGCCCGGGUAUCUUAACAACGGUGGAAGCUACUGACGCCGAUUUGGGUGCUCACGGUCAAGUGGUGUAUUACCUUCAGGAGUUAGAUGGCGAUAACAACGUUUUCAGCAUAUCGACCGUCAAUGGCAAGGGCGUCAUACGCUUAGUGGGUUCCUUGGAUUACGAACGAAAGUAUCUGUAUCAACUGCGGAUAUUGGCUGUGGAUCGUGCAAUAAAUGAAAAGGUAAAUACGGGAACCACCGCGAUUUUGAUCAAAGUACAGGAUGUGGAGGACCAACCGCCGGAAUUCAUAGCCAUGACGCCUGUCGCAAGGAUCAGCGAAAAUGUUAGGAUUGGCACAUCUGUUUUACAAGUUCGUGCUGUGGAUGGUGAUAAGGGGAUAAACAAUAAAGUGACUUAUAGCAUCACGAAAGGUCCGAGAUAUCUGUUUGAUAUCGAUGCGACUUCCGGCCUCGUGUUCACCAGAGCGCAAUUGGAUAGAGAGGCUGAGGAGAAUAGCGAUGGCACUUUCAUUCUAGAAAUUACGGUGAAGGAAGUAUCGAAGAUUAAUCCACCGCCGUCUGUCAGUACCGAGGUGACCAUUAUUCUUACCGACGAAAAUGACGAAACGCCGACAUUUCGAAGCAUGCUGUACCAUGCCGAAAUAAACGAGAACGCGCCGGAAAAUACGCCAGUUAAUUUCAUUGGCGAUGCUGUGCCAGAAGUUUUUGAUCAUGACUUGGGUACCAACGGCACAUUUCGAAUAUUUAUCGAAGGCGAUGGUGGGAUGUUUGAUGUAACACCGUUUCGCGGAAUCAAUGAGGCACCGUUUUUAAUACGCGUUAAGGAUUCGAGUAAACUCGAUUUUGAAAAGAUAUCCGUGGUAAAUUUCACUCUCGUCGCGAGAGAAAUCUCGCCGGUUUUGCCGAAAUAUAGCGCGGUACCAGUUACGGUCUUUAUAAAGGAUCAAAAUGACAAUUAUCCCGAAUUUACGAAAGAUAUCUACGAGGUCUCGAUACCUGAGAAUUGUGUCGAGGGAACGACCGUGGCUUGGGUACAGGCUUUGGACGGAGACAGCGGUAACUUUGGAACGCACGGAAUACGAUAUACAACUUUAGGCGGUAGCAUUGCGCAUGCAUUGACGAUGGAUUCUCUCUCUGGCGUAAUCACGGUCAAGCAUCCUGGACCCAGUUUCGAUCGGGAAUUAGUCGCUCGGCAUUAUCUCACCGUCGAGGCGCGAGACCAUCUCGGAAAAGGGAAUCGCAACUCCGCGCAAUUGAUAGUUAAUAUUGAUGACGUUAACGACAACGCUCCUAUAUUUCUGCAAAAUAAAUACGAGGCGGUGCUGUUGGAGAAUGAAGAUCACUUUGAAUCGCCUCUAAUUGUCGAAGCGUCCGACAACGAUCUGAAUGGAACGCGAAACAGUGAAAUAGUCUAUGCCCUGGUGUCAAGCGAGUUCUCCCGAAACUUUACCAUCGAUCCGAAACGCGGAGUUGUUACACCCGCUCGUCCUCUGGAUUAUGAGGCUCUGCCUAUCAAUCAGGGACACAAAGAAACGAUCAUUCGUCAAUUGAGAUUGACAGUGAGAGCCAGAGAUUUGGGCACGCCGAGUCUGACUUCUGACGUUCCUCUGAUCAUUUAUCUGAGAGACGUUAACGAUAAUGCUCCAGUUUUUGAAAGAGCUUUGUAUAAGAGAAAUAUUCCUGAGGAUUUGCCAGGUGGCACGAGUAUUGUACAAGUGAAAGCUUGGGACAAAGACCUGUCCUCGCCGAAUAACAAGUUGGUUUACCGAAUUCAGAGCGGGGCCGGAGACAAGUUUGUAAUUAGCCCCGAGACAGGCGUGAUCCGAGUGGCGCCGGGCUCGAACUUAGAUCCGGAUCUUACGUCGCCGAAAACCACGAGAUAUAACUUGAACGUUAUCGCCAUCGACAGCGGUACGGAAAUUCAACUGACGGCCGAGGUUCUCGUGAACAUCACGAUUCUGGAUGUCAAUAAUAAACCGCCGUUUUUCAUCGACCCCGGGACUGUUAUUAUCAGGGAAAACACUCAGGUCGGUGCUUACGUUCAUCGCAUAGUGGCGCAGGAUCUGGAUGCAGCUCCGAUUCUGCGUUUUCGCGUUGAUCCCAACUCAUCGGAGGCACGAAAUGAGGAGGGUACUUUGAUCAAAGUGCAAGAGUAUGACUACCUAGCAGCGCUGGAGUUAAAUGCACUGGAUGGCUUACUACGUAUAGUAAAAUUAUUAGACAGGGAGAGAGUGGAAACUAUUAGACUGGGGCUUGUAGUCGAAGACUUGGCCGCAGUGAGAGGCUUGCAAACUGCAUCCGCUACGCUGAGUAUAAUUAUCGAUGAUGAGAACGAUAAUAAUCCUAAAUUCCGAAGACCAUUUUACAGACGUUCUGUUACGGAAAACAGUAAAAAUGGCGUUAAUAUCGCGAAUAUUGUUGCCGAUGACGCCGAUAAAAAUCGUAGCAUUACGUAUUCCUUACAAGGCCCGAAAGAGAUCACUGACCUCGUGCAUUUAGAUCCUGAGACCGGAGAAAUGGUUGUCGCUAACAAAAUCGACAGAGAAAUAUAUUCAUGGUUGAAUUUAACUGUUAAGGCCACAGAUUCUGGAAUUCCACCUCGAUCAGGUGUAUCAGAAGUAUAUGUUCAAGUCUUGGACGAAAAUGACAAUAAUCCGUAUUUUGUUUCGAACAUCAGUAACGUGACUGUUAUGGAGAAUUCAAAAAUUGGCACAGAAAUCACUGUAAUACAGGCAGCAGAUUCUGAUAGCGGAGAUUAUGGGAAAAUCACUUAUCUUUUAGACAGAAUGUCAUCUCAGGGGACUUUCGCUAUUCAUCCAGAAACAGGAUCGCUGACAGUGGCUGACGUUCUGGACUGGGAGACCAGACACACUUAUGUUUUGGUCAUAGAAGCGUGGGAUAAUUAUCAAUUUGGUUAUACCGCGGGAGAGUCUCGAAAUGCAUUUAAGCAAAUCCAAGUUACAGUCAUCGAUGUAAAUGACAAUGCUCCGAAAAUGGAUAUACCUCAAAAUUGCAUCUCAAUAUCUGAAUUUCAUGAUAUACGGGACUUAAUAUACAUUAUAAAAGCGAAGGACGCUGAUGACCCGACCACGCCAAACGGACGCGUUAUAAUUAGGAUCACUUCUGGCAAUGAAUUAGGUUUAUUUAUAUUGGAACAAACGGAUUAUUGGACGGCAAAGAUAAAAGCUGCUCAACCACUGAGAGGAAAAUUUGGAAAUUACACGUUAAAUGUCGAAGUACGUGAUCUGGGAACACCGUCGAAUAAGAAUAAUGGAAUUUUGAAAAUUUGCGUCACCGAUUACAAUGAUAAUCCUCCUUUGUUUAUAAGUCCCCAACACAACACCACCAUCCGUGUUCCGGAGAAUGUAACAAUAGGAAGUCCGAUUAUUCAGAUCGAAGCGAGAGAUGCCGAUACGGGAUUAAACGGCGAUGUGCAUUAUCGUUUAAAGCAGGAUCUCGCGGGCCAUUGGAAGACCUUUAGCAUUGAUGAAAAAACAGGCAUGAUAUCCUUAAAGUUACCGCUCGACAGAGAGACUCAAAAAUUAUACGAGAUACGCGUCGAAGCAUACGAUUUGGGUAUCCCGACGCCUUUAAGCUCAGAUCUCGAUCUAAUUAUUUAUGUGCGGAACAUCAACGAUUUCGAGCCGCAAUUUUCAGUGAGCGUUUUUAACAUUAAUUUCACGGAGGAACAUCCGCCAGGAUCGGAGAGGGUAAUACUCCCAGAAACGUUCGACAAUGACGAUGUUGACGAUUUGGACGAUCCUCCCACUCAAGUCUGUUAUUUCAUAAUUGGCGGAAACGACGAUGGACUGUUCGUUUUGGACAUUUAUAAACAUGAACUUGGCACUGCUAAGUUACUGGACAGAGAACAGCAAGAAGAACAUACAUUGCUUAUUAAAGCAACGGAGGAUUGCAAGACCGUGCCAGAAAAUCAAACAACGUUCGACAAGGCUGAUGCCACUCUAUUACAAGUCAUCAUAAAAGUUGACGACAUUAAUGACAACGCACCUCAAUUUAUUAAAAACGUUUUUACGGGUGGCGUUACUACUGAAGCCGACUUUGGCACGCAAUUUAUGCACAUAAAGGCAAUUGAUGCGGAUGCUGGCGAGAACGCUGUACUCAGUUAUUAUCAAGUGGGCAAAAUUCAUAUGACGUUAACUGAAGGCUUCGAAAAUAUGCAACUGCAACCUUUUUUAGUAAAUAAAGAUGAUGGAGCAGUGAGUUUAAAUUUUGAUCCUCAACGAGGGAUGAAAGGCUACUUUGAUUUCAUGGUACUUGUUAACGAUACAUAUGGCUUGCAAGACACUGCGAGAGUUUUUAUCUAUUUGUUACGGGAGGAUCAAAGGGUUCGUUUUGUUCUCCGUCAACAUCCGCCAGAAGUCAGAAGUCGAAUUGAGAAUUUCCGAGAAGUUCUGGGUAACGUCACUAGUGCUAUAAUUAACGUUGACGAAUACAAAGUGCAUGAAAACCAAGACGGUUCUGUAGACAGAACGAAAACGGAUUUAUAUUUGCACCUCGUAAAUCGUCGGGACAAUUCGAUCCUCGAGGUAUCCGAGGUCCUCGAAUUGGUCGACCGAAACAUCGAAAAACUCGACAACCUAUUCAAGGAGUUCAACGUCCUCGAUACGCAGCCAGCGAAGCCUGAACCGAUUAUACAAUACGAACAAGCUGGAACGACUUUCUGGCUUCUCACAUUGACCCUAUUUCUAGGAGCUCUACUGAUUCUGUGUGUCGCUUUAUGUUUGUCCCAAAGGGCGUCUUUCCGUCGACAACUGAAAGCGGCGAACGCAUCACCGUUCGGUGCGUCAGACUCGGAAUUUAUCAGAAGUCCUGGUCGCGUUCCGAACACGAACAAACACAGCGUCGAAGGAUCGAAUCCCAUAUGGAUGCACGCUUACGAAAACGAGUGGUUCAAGAACGACGAGUCGUUUAGCCAUACGUCCGAAAGAGAUUCUCUCGACGAGAAUGCGCUUAAUAACGAAGAGAUGAUGAAUGAAGCUAACACAAACCAAAGAGCUGAGGAUAAACCAUAUUACAUAGAGCCAAGAAUUUCCACUAUUUCUAGUGUGGAGAGUAUCGAUAUUCAAAAUAAUUUUAACAGAAAUUCACCAAUUUACUCAGGACAAAAUACAAUCGUCAAUCCCCUGGGAAAAAAGAUCGAAACGACGGAAUUAUAGCAAAUCAAUAAGUAUUGAGGUCACGUGUGAUUCACGCUAUGCCACUGAAUAUUCCUUAGAUGCAGAAUAAAGCCCGGGAAUUAUUUUGUAAAUAAUUAUGUUGCAUAAAGAAGAUAGAAUGAUUCCUCAUCGGCUGUUGUAACUACACAAGACUCCUACAAAUUAUUUAUUGUAACAAAUUUAGCAUAUAAAAAAUAAUGUAUAUUUAAUUCAUAAUUGAUAUGUAUUUCAAUGAAUGAAUUUGAUAUGUAUGUAACGCAAGAGAUAUUUUUUAUUAUUAUUAUGAGUGCUGAACUUUUUGAAUGAUUUAAUUUAUACUUUAAUAUUAGUCAACAUCUACUUGCACAACGACUUAUCGUACAAUAAAUUUUUGUACACCUUUGUAUUUUUUAUAGACAAAUAAAUGAUUUUUUUCAGUA